AAAACGAACAAGCAGCGAAUAGGUUUUGACGUCACUGCUGCUGCCCUCUAUAAUAAGAUGAGGCAAACAAACAAGAGCAGUUACUAUUCAAGAUGAGAGGAUUUCUGAUACUGCUCAGCGUUCUGCUGGUGCUGAAGGGAAACGAGGCUUAUGAGCAACUAAACCAACAUGAACGAAGAAUUGUUGACAAGGCUAUAAAACAAGCCAAUGAGGAACUUGGAAAACAGCAACACCUUGAUUAUUCUUCCAUUUUACAAGCUAAUAAUAGAAUAGGCAUGCUGCAUGUUUUAUUAAAACCCACCUCAUGUGAGAAGAAAACUGAAGUAGUUCAUCAGGGAGACUGUGAAAUCCGUGAAAAGGCUAAGCCUCAGGUGUCUUGUGUUGCCUGUCAUGAAGAAAUGAAUUGUUUCCUUCUCAGAGAGCAUGAAAAGACAACAAAAAAAAUAAAUGAUUGUUUCGGAAAGAAUCUUAUCACUGGAGGAGUUGUAUUGAGCCAGUCAGGAAAACAUGAGCAAAAAACUGGAUGUCUCGGUUGCAUCUGAGAAGAAAAGGAUUAAAGAUUUUUGCAAGUGACCAUUUGAUUUAAAAAAGUAUUAAUAACACUAAUAUAUAACUUCUAAAACAUUCCUGUUAAGCCAAGCUUCUUUCCAGGUAAACAUAUUUUAAAAUGUAUGUAUGUACAUCAAUGACAAAUACAUUUCUCCUUCAAUAUUCUGUUUUCAGUAAGUUUCAAUGUUAAAAAUGGAUAAAAAUAUGGAUAAAUAUGGAUUUUAAAAUAUGAAAAAAUUUCCUAAAAUUUCAAAUAGAAAAAAUAGGCCUAUAAUUUAUGGAAAGCAUAUUGUAACGUUAUCCCCAUUUUUAAAUAAAUAAAUAAUUUUGAAAAGAACAGUCUACAAUGUGAUUCUGUUAUUUUAUUAUUUUAAUUUCUUU